AUGAUCAAGACGUCGGCCCGUGGAGCGCGAUGCGUUGCGCUUCUGCUGUCCAUCCUCUCGAUCCUCAAUGUAUGCCUGGCGCAGGCUGAUCCGACCGUACACGAUGGCCACCUGUGGGUGCCAUACACGAGCGAUCAAGGCACUGUCUGGCUCCAAGAUGAUCGCCAGCCGUCACUGUAUACGCAAGAAUUCGGCGACUGCCAGGGCGACUCGUUGUUGAACGUCAGUCGCUUCGAUGCCGCAUACUACAAAGACAACAUGACGGUGCUCUUCCAUCUCGAAGGAAGUUCUGCGUUGGCCAAUGAGAGCGUCAUUCUCUAUAUCGGCGUGUUUGCUUACGGCGAAUCGAGAUUCAACCUCACCUUUGACCCGUGCUUUGCCAACAUCAAGAGUCUCUGUCCCAUGAACGCAUCAGUCCCGAUACAGGCCAAUGGCAUCAUCCCUGUUGCACCAGCCGACGUUGCCAACAUACCACCGAUAGCUCUGACGAUACCUGACUUUGAAGGCCAAGCUAUUCUGCGUGUCUUCGCCAACUCGACUCAGUCGCAGAUCGGCUGCUUCUCUGCCGUCAUCACCAAUGGAGGUUCUUUUUCGCACCCAGCUGAGGUUGGAUCCACUCUAGGUGCUUUCGCCUUCAUUGCAUUUGCUUCCUCUGUGGCUGUAGCAAUCUACGGCGAGAAUUAUUCGGAAACGAGGAAGCACUAUGCGCAUUCCUUGUCUGUGCUGGUGGUGUUUGCCGUUUUCCACCACAUCUAUUUCACGGGCGCACUCUCCAUGAACUGGCCGAGCGUUUUGGUUGCUUGGUGGAGCAACUUUGCAUGGGCAGCUGGCCAAAUCUACAGUCGGCCGAUGCAGAAUAGCAUAAAUAGAUUCAUUGGCAGCAAUGCUGGCAACAUCAGUAUGGUCGGCUCCGCUCCGAAUGGACAGAAUCAACCUGGCCUAGGAGGUGGCUUCUCGAUCACUUCGAUAUACCGACGCGCCCUCGAUUCAUUACAGCACUCAAAUCCUCCGGUGAAGCGAGCGUCGGAGAAUGGAGUCGUUCAGUUUGGCUGGUAUGGUCAACCAGUCCUGCCUGGUCUGCCGCUUCCUGGCAAUUACAGCGGCUUCGCAGGGACUCUCGCACCUCAGGGUAUUCCCGCUUCCAAUGCCUUCAUGACCGGGUUUUUGUGGUUCUUGAUGCUACUGGCUCUCCUAACAGGUGCAAUGACCAUCUUGAAAUGGAGUAUUGAGGCUGCAAUCAAGAUGAAGAUCAUGCGCACUGACAGAACGGACGACUUUCGGCAUUUUUGGGGCCGCUACAUUGGUAUCACGCUGCUACGCGCAUGCUUUAUCGCCUUCUUCAUGAUGAUCUUUUUGACCGUAUUCCAGUUCACACUUGGAGGUUCGGCUGGAGUGCUUGCGGUAGCCGCAAUCGUUUUUGCGAUAUUCCUGGUCGGCAUGCUCGGGACAGCAGCAUACGCACUGUACUAUAAGCUUAGACACGAUAAGUUCGUAUCACAGACCGGCACCAUCAAUCUCGAGCGAGCAGCCAUCGAAUCGGCCGCUUCUGAUGAAGAGAAAGCCACCAAGUCGAAGCUAUCGAUGCCCAUACGCCGAUUCUAUUUCACAGACGCCGAUUCUGAUCGCCCACACGUCCACGACGAUCUUGACUACCUUACCAAAUUCGGCUGGCUUUCGGCUCGCUACAGGAGAUCCAAAUGGUGGUUCUUCUCGUUCUGGCUUUUCUACGAGCUCGUCAGAGCCUGUAUACUUGGCGGCGCGGCUGGUCAUCCCCAGAUUCAGGUCUUUGCGCUUCUCGUGUGGGAAAUCUUGGCCUUCAUUGCUGUUAUCUGGCUCAGACCGUUCGAAAGCAACAGGCUGAACUUGCUAAUGGUCUAUCUGUUGGGCUUCAGCAAGGUUGCGACAAUUGCACUCUCAUCGGCCUUCGAUCCACGUUUUGGACUGAGCCGUAUCCUCACGACCGUACUGGGAAUAGUCAUUAUCGUCAUCCAAGGCAUUCUCACUAUAACCUUAAUGGUGUUCAUCCUGGUCGGUGCUGUGACGAGCUACAUGUCUAUCUUCCGCCAUCGUGAGGAGAUACGACCAAGAUCGUGGAACAAGAACAAGGAUCGAUACUUCAAGCAUCUCAACCACAAAGAUACUGAUCGACCGCGGCCACCACCGCCGCCUCCACCACCAGAGCCGGUGGUUCCCAAAGAGCCGUACUUCUCCGUGAAAGAAGUGAGGAGGGAAAUGAAGAUCGAGGAUGAGGAUACGGAUGAGACCGAAGUAGGUCAGCCACAGGAGAUCAUCGAGGAUAUUCCACUGCCCAAGUCACCAUCACGAACAAUGUCAAUGAGAUCUAGCUACUCAAAUCUGCCAUAUGGUGCGCGGCAACACCGGGUGAGCUGGACAGCAAAGGACUUCCAAGCUCUCGAACAAGUCAAUGCUGCCCUGUCGAGCGAGCGAAUGAGUCAGGAUUAUGCGAGGGAGGCCGCCGCGCGACAUCGUGCCUCGAGUCUUCGCGGUCCUCACCCAAUGGACCGCGGAAUGAGCGGGUCGAGCUCAGGCAAUGUAACAGGCCACAGACGCGCUCAAUCGCUGACAUCAGCUCUGAUUCGACCUGCUCCGCCACAGCGCAGUGCCUCGAUCGUUCCAGAAGAGACAGACAUCAUUGCGCCGGCAGGACGCGACGUACCGACCGGCACCACAUCUACUCACACCUAA